GUCAGCCAAUCACCACCUCAGCAAAGAUGACAUCAGUCUUUCCAUUAGCUUUGUUGCUCUGUUUGUCCAGCGGACUGUUGACUGCAUAUGCACCUUCCUGCCCUCCUGAUUGGACUCCGUUUGGCUCUCGCUGUUUCGCUUUCCACAUCCAGACAAAGAACUGGAUCGAUGCAGAGACCUUCUGCCAGAGCGCCGGUGGUCAUCUGGCUUCCAUCCACUCAGAUGCGGAACAUGGAUUCAUCAGAAACUACACUAACCAAGUGUCUGGUACUGACACACAGGCCUGGAUCGGAGGCUUUGACGCAGUGAAGGAGGGUAUGUGGAUGUGGUCUGAUGGAUCCCAAUUCGACUACGAAAGCUGGGCUGUGGGGAAGCCUGACCACAACGAUGGAGCGGAGAACUGUCUUGAGAUGUACACUGAUGAAAACUGGAACAACGCGGCUUGUACCAACCAGGCUUCUUUCAUCUGCUCCAAGUACCUGUAUGUGUAA